AUGGCAAACGACGGGUUGGACAAUUUUCGACAAGCUACGGAGGGCUGGCAGUCUUUUAUCAUGAGAUGGGGCGUUCCGUACGGAAGGGAUAUCGGGCAGGCAGGGCAGGGAGAUGACGAGUUGUGUAUCGGUGACUUCAUCUGUCUGUACUCUGAGGAGAGCGCCGGAUAUGUGUACUCACAAAUGUCCAGUGCCGGACAUACCGAGGUUAGCGUGGGGGUGAAGCAACAUCGGAAGAAGCCGCCGCUACCAAAUGCACAAGUGGCAACGUUUAAAAUCUGCGUACAGUACCGGUACAAGGCGAGCAAGAAGCACUGGCGAGCACAAGAAGAGAGCAGGAAGGAUCCGAAUGAUCUGACGAAGAAAUCGGAGAUGUAUCGCGCCCAGGCUGCGGCGGACGCGGAGAGCGCCGACAACGACAUGGAACAGAAACGUCAGGAGGGCAAACGCCUGCACUACGGACAGGUUAUUCAGCUCCAGCACGUGUUUACCAAGAAGUUUGUCCACGUCAGCACCACCCAGACGUCACAUACCGAGAUUAACAACAUGCGGGUGGAGCUCCUUCCGUUCAACUCCAAGCAUGCGCAGUACAAAAUCAUGCCGAGGUUUAAGGUCAAGGCCGAACUGGACACCGUCCGCUUGGGGGACCAGAUCGUGCUGGAGAGUGUGAAGACGCCAGGGAACUACCUGCACACCAGUAAACCUGCAUACGGGCCUAAAUUCGUGGAGAGCACGAGUCGCGAGUUGAACCUGUCCGUCAGGCAUAGCGCCUUCACGGUUUACCGCAACAGCAGCGCCAAGGAUCAACAGGACAAAUACCUCACCGGCGGUUGUUUGAUCCGUCUGUACCACAAAGAACACGAAGCCUACAUGGUGGCGAGUGGCUCGUUCGGGGAUGAAAGCUUCGAAGACGUGCAUCUGAGAGUCCGGCCACAGGACACCAACAAACCCAGGUCCAUGUUCCCGUCAUCCUCUGCGAUCACGUACUGGCAGGUGGAACAUGGCGAUGACAUCAUGAACGGGAAUACGCUUUGUUGGGAACAACGAUGUCUGUUACGUCACAUCACAACAAGGAAGUACCUCAGUGUGUCCAGAGACGGGGACAAGUUCAAGCUUGAUCUAAGCGAUGAUCUGAACGAUGCAAACACGAUAUUCCGCCUUCACCCAGUCAUUCAGGAAUCUGAGGAGAUCCCGUUUGACAGUUACUGCCGGAUCGAACAUGUGGUGACUGGUACCUGGGUACAUGCUCUACAAGAAACGUACGUGCCGACCUGGCACGGGGCUAUCGGCGCGUCUGAUGAGGGCAUGGCGUGGGACCGGGCGUCCCUACAGAAGGUCGGCAUGGUGGACAGGUGCAUGUACGACGACGCCUUCACCAUCCAACAGGUGAAUGCUGAACGUCAGUUCAUAAUGAGCUACGCUUCUGGCAUCCUUCCGGUCAUCAAACACAUCAUAGAAUAUAGGAAGGAUGGAAACCCCAUCACUGAGAGGCAGGCUGCUGACUGCAUUGAGACACUGAAGGAGCUCUCUAAGUGGCAGAUUGUCAAAGGAGAACCGAUCAAGGAUCGUCAAAAACUGUUGAGGAAUCUCAGGAUUAUCGAGUUGCUUAUCAAGCUGUUGGGGACUCCAUAUCGUGGUUCAGAUGACAAACGACACCUGAUCGGCAUAUUUGUGGAGGCCUACGCGGCCCUGUUCACAUACCUGAUCGGAGACAGCAGGAAGAACGAGCUGUACAUGGCCAGGCACACCAGUUUCAUACACAGCCAGAUUAAAGAUGAGGGUGAGGUUGGUCUGGCUGCUACUAAGAUGCUGAUGGAGCUGGUACAUGACAACAGGAAGAUCGUGGACAGGAUCAACAAGGCCCAGAUCGACACCUUCAUCAACCUGCUCAUGAGGAACAAGGACUACCGAUACCUGGAGAUGUUGGCAGUUCUCUGUGUUUGUGACGGGGUGGCAAUUCCCGAGAACCAAGAGUACAUCACAAAAGUAUGGCUCUGUGACCAGGACGCUAAGGCCUGUGUGUACCAUACUGAGCUUGGGCCAGGGAUCGGGAAGGAAGCAGACCUGGUGCAUGUGUCCACAACCAAUCGCCGCAGGUGGACACCUCUGCAUGAGUUUGUCAAGACUGCGGAUGAACAGAGCAUCCUGUUCCUCAACUAUCAACUGGACCUGUUUGAAAAACUUUGCUUUGGAGGGAAUGAGUUUGCCAUAUCGGUCAUAACAAAGGAACUGAAGUAUCUGACGUGGGAAGAAGCUUUUCUGUGUCUGUCUGAUGAUCGGCUGCCUGACCAGCUCCGAGCUGUCUAUUGUCGCCUUAUCAACGGCUUGUUUGUGGAGGUGACGAGCAACUGUUUCCCGCUGCCCCUGGACUACAUCAACCUCUCCUUCAUCUGGGACGAUCUGAAGGAUUCUGGAUUUGUUGGGGAUGAAGUACAACAGCCGAACACACCCAAGCAGGCCAGCCUGAAGAAGGUUCUACCGACGCUACAGAAGUGGAUCGCAAAGUUCCUGCAUCAGAACAAGGACAUGACAGCCUCACUCAUCGGCCAUAACAUGCUUAUUGAACAGGUUCUACAUCUUGUGUACUCCUUGGUCCAACAUGGCUACUACAGCACGGAGGCUGAUGUUACUAUGCUGACUGGACCAAUGUUCUCUCUGCUGGACGGAAGGAACGACAAGCCCUGUCCUCCCAACACUAUGAGUGCUGAACAGUAUAAAAAGCUACUGCAGAGCUACCAGGAGACCAUACGGUACCGGCCCUCCAAGAAGACCAAGGCCAUAGUCGACGCCAAACUAGAGGCAUUGAAAGUGUUGAAGCUGCUACUGAACCAUCGCUUCAAUACAAUCUUGAAGCGUUUCGUUCUGGAGUUCCGAGUAACACUUGAGAACUCUCAGGCAGCAAAGCUGUUCACAUCCAACGAGUUGGAGCCGAUGCUAUAUGCGAACUAUGAUCCAGACGAGGAUGACGAUGCACAGGAAGCUGUUGAGAAGAAGCUGAGGGACAUCGCUUUUUCCUGUACGCACUUUGACCUGGAGAAGCUGAAAGAGAUCAUCAUGGAUGUUUCGAAUUACGAGUAUGACCAGAUGGUGGUGGAGUCGAUGGAGGUGUUGAACCUGUAUUACUCCACCUUCAUGGACCUGUUCAGGCGAGCCGACCAAUCUAAGGUUCUGAUGACAGAGAAGUCGUGUGAGGUGCACAGGGAAGUACUGAAGGACCUUCCCAGGUUCCGGAAGCUCGUACCGGCCAAACUCAGCAACGACAACCUCAACACCAUGUGUGGCAUUCUGGACAAGUUCAUCGGAUUUUGCUGUCUGCCUGGAGUAGCAGGAGAGUCACACCCUGUGAACCAGGCCAUCCUCUACAACUUCUAUGUCCUUGAAAGUGUCCUUGAGGUUCUGUUCCAGAAGGUCGACAUGCACCUUCAGGAGCAGUACUCGCGUCAGCAGGUCAUCUUCAAGAAAUGCUUCAAGCUACUAAGGGUGCUGGCAAGGGGGAACGAGAUUGUGCAGCUGCGUCUGUUUGAGCGACUUGACGACCUGCUGAAAGUUAGAGGGGCUGAAGUGGAGAUGGCCAAGGCCAUUACUGAGAUUUUCACCGGGAACAAGCUGGCGUGCCUGAAGGUCCAGCAGCACCACGUGGAGCAGGUGUGGAAACUGGUGGAGGAACACGGGGAAAUGUGCUGCGAGUUCCUGGAUCUUCUCAACGCCAUUGUCAAGGUGGAGGAACUUGACCUUCCCCUGAAGAGGAACCAGAGUUUUGUGAUGAAGUUCUUCAUGCAGUACCGAUCUGAAGUAGCAGGGGUCAUCGAUAGGAGUGCUGAAGAAAGGAUGACAGUUUUCACAGCGACACAAAACAUCGGAGACCUGCGGUACAUGAUGGGGAUGGUGAAUGUUCUCGCCACAUGUGCAGAGGGAGAAAACAGGUUCAUAGAGUCCAUCUGCCAAACCAUCUUCUCCGUGGACGAACUGUUCCAGAUCCUGAACAACGAGCAGAUCGACAACAACCUGAAGCGGCCGUUCCUCCGCUUCCUGCUGUGGGUGUACCUCAACACGGCCGGCAGCGUGCUGGACAGCGGCGUCGGGGAGCUGGCGCACGAUCCGUAA